GCCGCCGCCCGCGCGCGCAUAACGGUCCGCGCCCGCCGCGCCGCCGCCCCGCGCGGGAGGAGGAUGAAGGAGAUGAAGCAGCGGAGGAAGAAGGAGCGCACGUGGGCCGAGGCCGCCCGCCUGGUGCUGGAAAAUUAUUCUGAUGCUCCUAUGACCCCAAAACAGAUUCUGCAGGUCAUAGAGGCUGAAGGACUAAAGGAAAUGAGUGGCACGUCUCCCCUGGCCUGCCUCAAUGCCAUGCUCCAUUCCAACUCCAGGGGAGGAGAUGGGCUGUUUUACAAACUGCCUGGACGCAUCAGCCUGUUCACACUCAAGAAGGAUGCCCUGCAGUGGUCUCGGAACCUAUCUGUGCCAGAAGGGGAGGAGCUGGAGGAUACAGCAGACGCAGAAAGCUGCGGGUCCAAUGAAGCAAGCACUGUGAGUGGUGAUAACGAUGUGUCCCUCGAUGAAACCUCUUCUAAUGCCUCGUGUUCCACUGAGUCUCAGAGCAAGGGACACGCUGCUACCAGGGAGAGCUACAGAUCCGCCUCCCAGACAACCAAACAAAAGAAAAAGACUGGUGUGAUGCUGCCACGUGUUGUGUUAACACCACUGAAAGUCAACGGGGCACACAUGGAGUCUGCCUCUGGCUUCACAGGAAGGCAUGCUGAUGGGGAGAGCAGCAGCACAUCCAGCAGCAGCAGCAGCUCUUUGGCCCUGUGCAAAGCCUCCUUGCGCAGCAGAACAGAGAUCAACAGGGACCCUCCGCAGCUGCUGAGGGGCAUCCGCAAGCCCACGGCUGGGCAAAUGAAACGAAACAGGGGGGAGGAUAUUGACUUUGAGACACCGGGUUCCAUCCUUGUCAACACCAACCUGCGAGCUCUGAUCAACUCCAGGACCUUCAACGCGCUCCCCUCGCACUUCCAGCAGCAGCUGCUUUACCUCCUGCCAGAGGUGGACAGACAGGUCGGGGCCGACGGGCUGCUGCGGCUCAGCGGCAGCGCCCUGAACAACGAGUUCUUCACGCAUGCGGCGCAGAGCUGGCGGGAGCGGCUGGCGGAUGGUGAGUUCACCCACGAGAUGCAAGUUCGAAUUCGGCAGGAGAUGGAAAAGGAGAAGAGAGUGGAGCAAUGGAAAGAGAAGUUCUUCGAGGACUACUACGGGCAAAAGUUGGGCCUGACCCAAGAAGAAUCCCAGGAGCAGAAUUCGGUGCAGGAGGAUGCUGAGAACAGGACAGGACUGUCUGUGAAGGGAGAGGGGAGGCUGCCCCGCGGCCCUGCCACACGGCAGAGGGACGGGCACUUCAAGAAGCGGUCGCGGGCCGAGCUGCGCUGCAGGGCCCGCAGGAGCCUCUACAAGCGGCGUGACCCUGAGCCCGGCGAGGCUCCCUCGGAGGCCCCUUCCCUGGCUGCAGCCUCCUCUCUUCCCAAAGAGACAAAGCCCGAGACAGACCCCCAGCAGGAUGAUGCGACGAGUCCUUCGGCCGCGGGGCUGAAGCCAGAGGCUUCGGAACUGCACCUUCCUGCAGAGGCUUCCAACUCCCACGGGGCGUCGGAGGAUCUGCCCCUGGCAGCUGCAAACAGAAUUCCCAGCGUGCCCCAGGAGAACUCUGCUGGGGAGGCCAAGGAGCAGAAGAGGAAAUGCUUUGAGGAGGCUGCCUCUGCCUCCUUCCCCGAAAAGAAGCCCCGGCUUGAAGAUCGUCAGUCCUUUCGUAACACAAUUGAAAGUGUUCACCCAGAAAAGCCACAGCCUACUAAAGAGGAGCCAAAAGUCCCACCCAUCCGGAUUCAACUUUCACGUAUUAAACCACCCUGGGUGGUUAAAGGUCAGCCCACUUACCAGAUCUGCCCCCGGAUCGUCCCCAGCACGGAGCCCCGCGGCCGCGCCGGCGCCAGGACUCUCGCCGACAUUAAGGCCCGUGCUCUGCAGGCCCGAGCCCAGCGCGAGGCCGCCAUCGGAGGCGGCGGCGGCCCCGGCGGGGGGAGAAGCCCCGAGGCAGGAGGGGCUGGAGGGGACCCCCCCGGCCCAGCAGAGCGCAGGAGUUCCAGGAGAGCUCACGGAAAGCGUCCGGCAGAUCCACAACGAGCACAACUACUGUCGCCUCUCCGCCUGAACUCGGAGGCGGCUGCUCCGGGGGGCGAGGCCAGGCCCUCCCUCUGCUCCAGACCAAACCCCCUGUGUCCUGGGCCUGGGGAGCUGGGCUGUGCUGCCUCGGGGGAGGCUCAGCCCCGAGAUGCUUCACCCAGAAGGUGCUUCUGGGAGGCUUCGACUAGGUCACCCUCGGACAGUGCAGCUCCCGAGGGGCAGGAGGAGGGCCCCGAGCAGCCCCACCGUGACCCAAGGACCGAAGCCCCACCUUGUGUGGCGUCCCAGGAGAGGCACAGCCCCAGCCCGAAGCGGGGGCUGCCUCUGCUGAACGGUCUGUCACGGCCCUGGGCGCUGGGAGACGCGUCGGGGCCCAGAGAUGCUCCUGCUCCCGCCAGGCAGCUGGAACCUCACCCCCAUCCAAAGGAACAGUCCUCCAGUUGUGCUCUGCCAGAGCUGGCAUCAGCUGGUAAAGAGUGCCAUGAGCCAGAAAUGGCGCCCAGGGCUGGAUUUAAAGGCUCUGAAACGAUUGUGGAAAAAGGCAUCACCGACAGCAGUAGCUCCAGAGCAGCAGCUGCUGGAGGGGAGAAGCUGGGGCCUGGGCCAGGCCCCUCUACUCAUCUGCCCGUGGAGAAAGAGGGAGAUGGGAAACCCUGCAGCGAGGAACAGGGCCCAGAGCCGCUGGGGAAGCUCUCUCUCCACGAUGGCUUUAUUCAUCAGAAUAGGAGAGACGGUGCUGAAAAACCUGUGCAGCUGAGGGAGAAAUGCCCCAGAGCACUGCAGCCGCUGAGGGAGACUCCAGAGCUCAAGACAAAGAGAGAUGAUGAAGCACAGAGUGUGCACAGUGGCACCACAGACACCGCUUCAGACUUCGAAGCUGACGUAGCCGAGGAGGGCACAGAGCUGGGUCCGUGUGGCAGGAGCGAGACGGCUGGGGAAGUCUCUUCCUGUGCCAGCAGCAGCGAGAGGGUCAGAGCAGAACCAUCCGUGGGAGCUGAGGGCCUGGGCCACGUUGUGGACUCUACUGGUGCCAGGACAGACCCCAUCUCCCCAUCGUCGGGGUGGGGGCCGUGCCCAGCGCCGCCCCGGGGCACCCAGCGCCCCACGGCUCCUGCUCAGCCCGUGGCCUCUGUGGAAACCAACAACCCUCUGGUGCUGCAGCUGCUGAAGGGGAACCUGCCCCUGGAAGAAGCUCUCCCAGUGUCUCACAGCGAGGUGAAGCUGGACGUGGCACAGCCGCUGCUGGAUGAGCAGCCAGGAAGCCUCUCCCUGCACACGGACAGAGGCAGCGAGGGCUGCUUGGGCAGGGAAUCUGCAGGUGGAGGGACACAGACGAGCGCCCUGGGCAGGAGCAAGGACUUGCAGGCACUGAGACCUUCUGUGGAGCCCCAGGAGCAGCGUGGGACAGGGGCAGCACCGCCCAGAGCGGGAGCAGCGCAGGACCAACCCGCCCCAGAUAAACAUUCCAAAGUUGGCGCGACCUUCAGCCACCGAGAGCGACGGGCAGACGUGGCAAGUGCCUGGCAGGAGCCUGAGGACACGGGCCCUGGGGAGAGAACGUUGUCUGCUCCUGGCCUCGAGGAGCAGAAGGAGUUGUGGCAGGCGCAGCGGCUUCCGCAGCUCGACGCCCUGGCGAGUCCGGAGAAGCCGAACGGCUGCGGGGAGCCCCGGUUCUUACCCCCGGCUGCAGCUCCUGGCGCAGCCCAGGCCGCAGGGGCCGCGCUCGGCAACAGCUACGUGGGAGCUCAAGGCAAGAAACUCUUUGGCUCUGGCUUUGCUGGCAAGCCCAGUGUGAGGCCGCAUCACGGCAGCACCACGUGCCCCGGGACACAGGCUCCUGCGCCCAAGAGCCGCGCGGCAGCAGCAGCGGCCGUGGGGGAGCCGCCGGCAGCGAGGAGGAGUGAGAAGGGGCUGGUGAGCGGCAGCCUGGGCAAGAGCGACGCAGAGAACCGGCAGCACUCGGCACCGGAGCCGGGGGAGCGUUGGCAGAGCCUCCCCCUGGUCAUGGACCUGCCCUUCUUCAAGCUGGCCAGGGAGCCGGGGCGAGGACACGGUCACCCUCUGGAGCCUUCGUCCAUCCCCUCGCAGCUCAACAUCAAGCAGGCGUUUUAUGGGAAGCUCUCGAAGCUGCAGCUGGGUUCCACCGGCUUUACCUGCUCGUCCCCCGCGGCCCUGCAGGGGCUGGGGGGCAGCGUGGUGCCCCUGGCCCACCCCGGGGCCCUGGCUGCCGCCCGCAGCGCUGCCCUGUCCGUGCAGAUGUUCUCCGGCGGCGGCCAGGAGCUGGCGUUCCAGUGCUCCUGCAGCCUUAAAGCCAUGAUCAUGUGUAAAGGCUGCGGGGCCUUCUGUCACGACGACUGUAUAGGACCCUCUAAGCUCUGUGUAUUGUGCCUUGUGGUGAGAUAAUAAAUUAUGGCCAUGGGACAAAUUGUAUCUUCAGUGUGUGUACUUUGAUAAGGACUGAUCCCAGAACCUGUCCCCACUGUCCGCUCCUGCUCGUCGUAGAAACGCUGUUACACGUGGUCUGGGUGAGGAAAGGACCGAGCCGAGGGAAGCCGCUGCAGCCUGGGUGGGCUGAGCCCCACAGGAGCCUCCCUUCUGCGUCCUGCUCUCCUGGAGACCCCUAGCCCGUGCUGCCCGAGGGGAACCUGCCAGGCCCUCGGUGGAGGAAACCUUCACAUCCAAAGGAACUGCUGGAACAGGGUGUUUUCUCUCUCGGGGCUGCGUUAGCUGAGGCCCUACAGUCUUCCACUCUCCCCUUCCGCCGUCUCCGUUGUUCCUGGAUCGUGUGGGAAGUGCCACUGGCCAGCGAGUGAGAGCAAAGAGCUGCUGUGCCCCGAGGGCUGGAGCGUGCCUGGGCUGCUGCAGCAGGACACGGUGCCCCCUGGAGCCUCACCCAGCCGCCUGUACCCUGGCUGGAGCCACCUCGGAGGGUGCAGGAAGGAGAGAGGAGCAGCGUCCAGUGCCCAGCUCCUGCCCUGUGCCAGGCUGUGUGUGCCCAGGGCUGCCCCCGGCCUGGCUCCUGCAGCAGCUGCUGCCCGUGGGACCCAGGGGGCUGCGCCAAGGACCGUAACACGAGGGCUCUGGCCAGGAGCAGGUGUCCCUGAGCAGCUCUGGGACCACCAUUCACAUCUAAACAGUGCUUUUUCUUUUCUGUUUGUUUUUUAUUAAUCUGUUUUCAUUCUUGGAUGUAUAAAGUGAAUUCUUUGCCUCCUGUAAGUAUCCUCUAUGCAUCUGUUGAUCAUGUAUUUAUAUGUUGUACACAGUACUGGCCACCUCUGUAAAUGGAUGUAAUGUACAUAGACCAGAAAAAGGUUCUUUUUCUUUCUUCCUUUGGCUUUUCAGGCUCUCCAGCAGUGUUGCAUUACAGUGGUGUUAGUUAUGAACCUGCAGCAGCAGUCAGAGCCUCUGUAUUCCAGGAGGCUCAGCCCAUGCAGGUGCCUGGGUGCUGACAGCCUGCCCCUGCCCCAGGGCAUUUGCCAGGUCUCUGCCCUGCUCUGUGCUGAUGGGUGCUGGCAGUGAAAUCCCAAAGCUGCAGGGGAGGAGGUGACCAAUGCCAGGAACAAACCCUCCUCCUCUUCAGAGCAGGUGCUGAUGAGAAGUCGUGGCUAUGCUGAGGGGAGAGGAGGCUGCUGGACUCCAGCAGCAGCAGCCACAAUCAUAGGAGGGUGUUGUUAUUUUUUCUUGUCCCUUUUCUUGCUCUGUCCUACCUCCCUUGACCAUGCACUUUUGGUUUUAACCGUGCAAGUCCCUCUUUGACGUGCAAGCCUGAGGGAUGCAGCAGGUUCCGUCUCUGGGGUGGUUUAUCCUCCAGGCCUCUGGCAGCCUCGUGGUGUGGGAAGGAGCGAGGCCCCGGCUGCAGGGCUGCAGGGCAGUGCAGGGACCUGCUUACCAAAGAGAGGGAGCGGAGCUGGGGCUGGCUCUGCCUCCUCGGGGGCCACUGCAGGGUGCAGAUUGCAGCAGUGUGGGCUGCAGAGCCCUCGGGGUGGGGGGGCUGCUCGUGUAUGUCCCUUGUGGUAUUGGAAAAAUAAACACUCUAAAACCCA